AUGUCGCUGUCCCGAGGCGACACGUGCACGGCCAUGACCCACACGGGCGUGCGCUGCGCCUCCGCAGCCGCCACCUCCAGCGGCCAGUGCCUGCACCACGUCCGCAUGGCGCGCGUCAUGGCUCUGGCGCCCAAACCGUCGCCUCCGUCCGCGCCGUCGCUCUCGCCCUCCCACUCGUCCCCGUCGCUUCAAUCCCGAGCCGAUCCCGUCGCUCUUCCAGCCCCCAACCGCCUCACCGCGCGCGGGUUUCCAGGCGAAACCGUCAUCGCGACCAUCGCAGGCGUCUCGUUCGUCUUCCCCACUUCGCUGUCCAUCCGGGACGUCCCCGGGACGCUCUACAUCACGUCGUUCCGGCUUCAAUUUGAGCCCCAGAGCUCGUGGCAGAGCUCGUCGCUGGACGAAGCUUGCUGCCGACUGCUGGACAUGGCGAUGCACGGCAUGCCACGAGCAGCGGUCGCCAAGUUGGCCUACGCUCCAGUCGCUCCGACAGCCAUGACGUCGUCGUACACGACCGGGAGCAGCACGACCAUGAGCAGCACGUUUGGGAGCACAUUUGGCAGUACUUUUGGUAGUUCAUUGGGCGCCACGAGCACGACGACGGGACAUGGAGGCGAUACAGGGAUGUUCACGCGGCUGGAAGUCAAGUUCAAAGACCUGAGGUCGUGGGUGCUUGGAGGUGACGUCGUCAAGCUCUUGCCAGCGCUGAAUCGACACGUUUUUGUCGACUCGCCCAUGAGUUUCUUUGCCUUUUCGUCCAUUACUCGACCCACGGAGCAAGACAAACAAGGCCAUGCACUCUAUGAUCUGUAUGCGGACUUUGCCCGCAUGGGCGUCGCUCUAGGAAGCGACUCGAGCUGUGCCUUGCGCGUGACGGAGCUCAAUGCGACGUUUGCCAUGUGUCCCACGUAUCCGCGACAGAUUGUCGUGCCGGCAGCAGCAAGUGAUGCACACGUUGAAGCUGUGACGUCGUUUCGGUCCAAGGGACGACUGCCCAUUUGUAGCUACGUGCAUGCGCGCAAUGGCGCGUCAUUGUGGCGAUGUGCACAACCAAAGCGCGGGAUCCUGCAUGCGCAGAACCAUGCAGAUGAACAGUACCUGCUGUACAUUGCUCUCGCUUCACCUGGGCCAUCGUCCCUGUACUCGGGCUCACGGACUCGCAAGAUCUGGAUUGCUGAUUGUCGGCCAGAGUUGAAUGCACGGGUGAACAACUUGACUGGAGGCGGCACGGAAAGCGGGAAUCUCGCCCAUGCUCACGUGUCGUUUCUCAAUAUCGGGAACAUUCACGCCAUGCGCGAAAGUAUCGAGGCUGUUCGUAGUCUUGGCGAGCUUGUGGCGUCAUCGAACAAUACCGAGUCGACUGAUCUUUCGUGGGGAACGCGCGUCGAAGACACGAAAUGGCUUUCUCACGUACGCCGCGUCCUGAGUGGGGCGCUGCAAGUCGCACACGCUCUCGAUGUCCAAGCUACGACCGUGGUCGUGCAUUGUAGUGAUGGGUGGGACCGGACAGCUCAGCUCUGUAGUCUUGGGCAGCUGCUUGUGGACGCCCAUUACCGUACACGUCGAGGGUUUCUCGAGGUGAUUGAGAAAGAAUGGGUUCGUGCUGGCCACAAAUUCCAAGACCGCGUCGCUCCUGGCAAAAGUGAAGACGACGAUGACCAGCAAGCACCGAUUUUUAUCCAGUUCCUGGACUGCGUGUGGCAACUCUUUCGCUUGUUUCCAACGUACUUUGAGUUCAAUGAACGCAUGCUCGAGACACUGGCCGACGCUGUUUUUUCAGGAAGAUACGGCACAUUCUUGGGUAACUGCGAACGUGAGCGCAGCGCUUGGGGUGUGCGGGACCGAACUUCAUCGCUCUAUGCGUCCAUUUUGCAGGACGAUCGAUUCGUGAAUCCGUUCUACCGAGCGAGCAGCAUCGCAGCGCUGCUGCCCGAUAUGCCGUCCGUGUUGCGCCAAGUAACGUUGUGGAGCUCAUACUACUUUCGCGGGGCUCCAUUCCCACCAUCGCCGGCAGGAAAUCCUGCAUCACCAUUGUAUGCUGUUAGUGAUUCGGGCGAAGGCAAUGCAUUGUCGAAUGGAGCACAAGAAGACAUGGAGAUUGCCAUGAAGGCGGCACUGCGGAGGAUCCGCAUUUUAGAGGACAAACUCAGCGCUGCGACUGCAAAACCUCCGUCUCCUCUGUUGCCAUCGGCGAUGUCGUAUCCACCACUGUAUUCAACAUCCUUAGAACUGGACAAACCUGCACAGACCCAGCAACAAUCUACGCUCGAACCGCUUGCCCGACACGAAGAAGCCAGCACGAGUGGACAUUACCUCUCCGGCCGUAGCAGCAGCGACGGGAUCGUGUAUGCUUCUGCCGCCCCCUCGGUCGCGCUGCAAGUACCAACAGCAUCGACGACACCCAGACCGGCAUCAGCACACUCAUUGACGCAAGCAGGCACGUGGAAAUGCAGUAUUUGCACCAAGACGAAUGCAGCGAACGUCCUUCAAUGCAUCGUGUGUGGCCGUGCGCCGCGAUAA